CGCGAUUUGACGUGGGAUUUUUUAACAUGUACGCUUGCAGUCUUAUUUGUUAUUUUGUAUCCAUAACUUAGGAUAGGAAUUGAUUUGCAGAGGCUGUGUUACAUUCUGCUUCUGAUGAGAUUAUCUGCCAAGGAUAAUGGGUUUGCUGAGCCAGAUUAAGACUUGGUUUGUGUUGCACCUUCUCCUGGGUUACAUCUUCAUCACCAGCGGCCUCAUCAUCACAUUCCUGAUGCUGUUGUCGUGUAUGAUCUACCCAUUCAACAAACACCUGUACAGGAAGAUCAACAUCCACCUUGCAUACAGCCACUGGUGUCAAUUCACGUUUCUUGCACAAUGGUGGGCGGGGUGCGAGACUCUGAUAUUCAUCACUCCAGAAGACCUGAAGUAUAUAGGCACGGAACACAAUCUGGUGAUCAUGAACCACAAGUACGACAUUGACUGGCUCAUGGCGUGGAUCUUAGCUGAGCGAUUUGGAUUGCUCGGGGGAACAAAAAUCUAUGGUAAAGAAAUGUUGAAAUACGUCCCUCUCAUUGGUUGGGCGUGGUACUUCACAGAAAGCAUCUUCCUCAAGAGAGACUGGGAAAAGGAUCGCCAGACGAUGGUAGAGGACUUGAAGAAAGUCUCCGACUACCCAGAAAAUUACUGGGUCACAUUACUGCUCUUCCCAGAAGGAACGAGGUUCACUGAAGACAAGCAUGUCGCCAGUCUGGAGGUGAGUCGAGCCAAGGGCUACCCGCCAAUGAAACACCACCUGCUACCUCGACCUAAAGGAUUCAUACUCUCUAUGCACGGCUUUCGGGGCAAAGUUCCUGCUAUUUACGAUCUAACAGUAGCAUUUGACAAACAGAGUCCAGAACCAACAUUAAUGAAUGUUAUUCAGGGAAAACCUCUAAUGUCAUAUAUGAAUGUAAGACGGAUUUUAAUAGAAGAUGUUCCCAUUGGUACUGAUGAAGAAUGUUCAGCUUGGCUCAGAGAUUUGUUUUUAAAAAAGGAUGAAUUGUACGACAGUUUUGUCAAAAAUGGUUGUUUUCCGGGGACUCCGUACAAGAAAAAGCGAAGAGUGCGAGACCUCCUGUUCUGGCUGAUGUGGGCAGUCGUCACAUGUAUACCACUGUUCAAGUAUUUGGGACAGUUGUUUCUGUCGGGCACGUACACACAGCAGUUAGCAUUCCUAGUUGUGGUUUUUAUAGUCUCUUUAAUUAUUCGCUGGAUGAUCAGUGUCACGGAAACGCACAAGGGUUCUUCAUACGGAGCUAAACAUUUAGCAGACAAGACGAAAUGAAAACACACACAUUCAAGUUUUAUUUGAGUGUAUAAACAUAUUAUUAUUAUUCACAUAUUAAAUUAUUUUCAUAAUUAAUUUUUGUAUUAAUCCGGUGCCCACUUUUUUUUUUCUUUUUCUUUUUUUUGUACUCAUGAAUGCACAAACUAUGUAAUUUUUUGGGUCACUAUUCUGUUAAUCUAUGACACUGUGUGUUGUAUUUUUCAAUAUAAACAUAUUUUCAAAUUAUCAAAUGGAAUCAUCUGUCAUGGUAUGGACAUGACUGGGAUGCAAAGUUGGACAUCAAAUAAAUUUGAAAGAUAAGAAAAGCUGUCGGUUUGUGAAAGGGAAAAGAAACUAAAAUGGCAGCAAAAAAUAUAUACAUAUGUAAUGCAUUUUUUCACAAAACACAGCGCCAAAAUCCAUUUUGCAUUUAAAUAUUUUUAAUAAUAUGUAUUAUGUUUACACUCUGCAUGUAACGAUGCACUUUAUUAUUUUCAUUCGAGUCUCUUUGUCAUUUGAAAACACCAAUUUCUUGGUUUUGAUUAGUUCUCUCACCUUCUCUAUUCAUAGUUGUUACAAAGGAAGGCACUGACGUUGUUAUAUAAAAUUUGAUAUGUUAAGUGACCAGGUUUGAACAAUUAAUUUUAAUUUGUAUCAUCGUUUUCUUCAUUAAAUAAUUUUGUUGGAAGCCUUUCUGAAAAUACAUUUGAUUAUUGUAAAUAAUAUAUCAUGAUAUUUUUUGUGAUACAAGGCACCCAUAUUGCAAUAUACUGGGAUACAAUAAGUCUCAUAAUACCCAUGCAUAGUAACCUGUCUUCAGAACAUUCCAUUUUACAAUUUCCAAUUGAUUAUGUGAGGUGUUCAUGUAUUUUUAUACUUUUCAUUGUUCGAGUUCUCUUGUUCUUGUUGUACAUGUAUUUAUCCUGCAAAGAUAAGAAUGGGGACCUCCAUGAGGAUUGCCAAGCAGAAUACUCCAUUCAUCUGUAACAGGAUAGGGGGUGGAACGUAGCUCAGUGGUACAGCGCUUGCUAGGGCCUCCACGAGUCUAAAUAUUGGACUUUAGUACUCGAGGAUCAAACUCAACCUGGUCCCGAGUACCCUACAUUUACACUAGAUGAUAAUGAGACUAAGGAUUAAAGUAAAAUAGCAUUAUGCAUCUUAAUUCCAGCGCUGAACAUGGAUGCGAAAUAAUGCCAUUGUAUUGCAUUCCAAGUAUUAGACUUUUGUUUUCCCUUCAUAUCUCAUAGCCCUAUAAAGUAGGCAUAUAGUAAAGUGACGUAAAAUAUAUAAUUAAAUGAGAGUGCUCUUCCUUACAUGGGUACUCGAGUCCUGUGAAUGGAUUCGAGUCUUGCUAGACACGGGCUGUGCCCGAGUACUUGUGGAGACCCUAGCACUUGCCUGGUACGCGAUCGAUCUAAGAUUGAUUCCCGUCGUGGGGCCCAAUGGGCUAUUUCUCGUUCCAGCCAGUGCUCCACAACUGGUGUAACAAUGGUUGUGGUGUGUACUAUCCUGUCUGGGAUGGUGCAUAUAAAAGAUCCCCUGCUGCUAAUCAAAAAGAG